UAAUGUUCAACAAAUAUGCAUAAUAGUAACAAUUAAAUAGUAAUGUUGCAACUUUAAGCGGUUUAAGCUAUGAUAUAUUUCGAAAUUUAGGCACAAAAAUGUGCAGAAAAGUACUAGCAAUUCUCGUAGCGAUCAUUGCCAUAUUUACUGGCUUAAUUUGGUAUAAUGUUUACCUCCCUGUCUCUCCUAAGUUUAAAGGAGAUGAGAAAUUAAUUCCAAUUCUUUUCGGUGUGAACAGACUUCUGGGCCAAAUAUUCGGCGACAAAUUGGGUUUGUCCAAAAAAUACGAAGUAUACCGUUCGUUUUUUUCAAUCAUAACAGAGACAGAUUGGCUUUUCACUUCAGAAACAAAGGCUGGAGUUACCAUAGAGGAUUCUGUGAUUUCUGGUGUACCUGUAAAGAUAUUUCGACCAGUAGAUAAGGAGGGUGAAGAUAGCCUUCAUCCAGCAUUGAUAUAUUUUCAUGGUGGGGGACUGGCAAUGGGAAGUGUUAACUGGACAUGCUAUGUACAACUAUGCAUCAUGUUUGCUAAAGAUACAAAGUCUGUGGUGAUUUCAGUUGAAUACAGGCUAUUACCUGAGCAUCCUUUCCCAACACAAUUUGAUGAUGGCUAUUUGGUUGUGAACACAGUCGUUAAUGAACCAAGCAAGUAUGGAAUUAUAAAAGACAAAGUUGCACUUGCUGGGGACAGUGCUGGAGGUCUCCUGACUGCUGCUAUUUCAAAUGAAUUUGCAAAACAAAACAGAUCAUCCAAUCUUGUUGGACAGAUACUAAUUUAUCCUUGGCUUCAAAUAAUUGAUAUAUUAUGCCUGCCAUCAUACCAUCAAAACAAACAGGGCUUUCAAAUGGAUGAGAAAGAGACUGCCUACUUUAUGUCAUUGGUAGCAAUGGGUAGUGAUAAAAUGUACCAGGAAUAUAUUGUCGGAAAUGUCACAAAGUAUUUCACAAAAACACAAUAUCAGAAGUAUCUACAAAUCCCCAAAACUUGUGAUGUUUUAACAGAGAACACAAAUGAAAACAUAAAUUUACCAUCUGAAUUUGUGAGCAUGGUGACUGACCCACGGCUAUCUCCUCUCCUUGAAGAAAAUCUGGAGGGGUGCCCUGCAACCAUGUUGGUAAUACCAGAGUAUGACAUCUUGGCGAGUGAGGCGUUUCUUUAUAGUAAACGUCUUGAAGAAGCUGGAGUUCCUGUUUCAACAAAAAUAUACAAAGCCUGUCAUGCAUUCCUGUUUCUGCUACCUAUUCCCUAUGUUAAUACAACUAUUGCUAGACAGGGCAUGAAUGAUAUGGUCAAUUUUUUAAAUUCUGUAUUUUAUACAUAGUUACAACUUUGUAAUGCAACAUUUAUGCACUUUUUAAUGUCAUAUAAUACUGUGUGAUUAAUCCCAUUAUAUAUUUUUUGAGAAUAUUAUGUACAUGGAAU